GCGACCAGUCGCCGCCCCCUUCGAGCUCACCACCCCGGGCGGUGUCCCCGAAGUCGCCCCCGGCCUCUUUUACUUCCACCGCCCCGGUCUCGGCUCCAGGCGGGGGGCUGUUCUCCUGGGUGCGGGAACGGGGUCUGGGCCAUGGGGGCCGCUGCGUGGAGCCGGCGAGGGACACUUUCCGUGCCAUGACGAGGCUCUAUGGUGCUAUUCAGCCCGCCGAUUCUGUGUCCCCCAUCACCCGCACCCACGGCGCCGUUUUCAACCUGGAGUACUCCCCUGGCGGAUCAGUGCUAACUGUUGCUUGUGAACAGACAGAAGUCCUGCUGUUUGAUCCUAUCUCUUCAAAGCACAUCAAAACCCUUUCCACUGCUCAUGAGGACUGUGUAAAUAACAUCAGGUUUCUUGAUAACAGAUUGUUUGCAACUUGCUCUGAUGAUACUACCGUAGCACUAUGGGAUCUGAGGAAGCUAGAUUCAAAAGUGUGCACUUUACAUGGUCACACCAGCUGGGUGAAGAAUAUUGAAUAUGAUACUAACACAAGAUUGCUAGUAACAUCGGGAUUUGAUGGAAAUGUCAUCAUUUGGGAUACCAACAGGUGCACAGAAGAUGGCUGUCCUCACAAGAAGUUCUUUCACACCCGCUUUCUCAUGCGCAUGAGAUUGACUCCAGACUGCUCCAAAAUGCUGAUCUCCACUUCUUCUGGAUAUCUGCUGAUCUUGCAUGAUCUCGACUUGACCAAAUCUUUAGAAGUUGUCAGUUAUCCCAUUCUGAGAGCCAGGAGAACCACAUCAAAUUCUGAUCUGGCAUCCGUCACUUCACCUGGUCCUAGAAGUGCUGAAUCACCAGGACACCAAGGAGAUUCAGGCCCACGUACUGAGAAACAUACAGUACGAGUAACCCAACGAGAAGGUGGUUCUCCACGUAAUAGUCUUGAGGUUUUAACCCCAGAGGUUCCUGGUGAGAGGGAUCGGGGAAACUGCAUUACAUCACUGCAGCUCCAUCCCAAAGGAUGGGCGACACUUCUUCGAUGUUCAAGUAACACUGAUGAUCAGGAGUGGACCUGUGUUUAUGAAUUCCAAGAAGGAGCACCAGUGCGGCCAGUUUCCCCUCGCUGUUCCCUCAGAUUGACUCAUUGCAUCGAAGAAGCCAAUGUAGGCCAGGGCUAUAUUAAAGAACUCUGUUUCAGCCCAGAUGGUCGAAUGAUCUCCUCCCCACAUGGCUAUGGAAUCCGUUUGUUGGGAUUUGACACCCAGUGCAGCGAACUGAUUGACUGCUUGCCCAAAGAAGCUGCCCCCUUGCAGGAGAUCCGCUCACUCUACUCGCAUGGCGAUGUGGUUCUGACUACCAAGUUCUCUCCAACACAUUGUCAGAUUGCCUCUGGGUGCCUUAGUGGUCGUGUUUCUUUAUAUCAGCCAAAGUUCUAGGCUCCCCUUGCCUUCAAAGGAACAUCUCUGUGUUUUUUUAAUUACUUCAGUUUAGUUGGAGUGUUUGCUUUUUUAAACAAGUCUUGUAAAUUUGGACAAGUACAGAGUUAAUAUUGGACUUAAAACUGAUCCCAAGUCCAGUCCUUUAUGUGUGCUGUGACUGAAUUUGCACAUUAGAACUUUUGUGUACACUAUAUCUCUCCACUCCUGAUAAUUCCAUCCGUAUUUAGAGGUAGCUUGGUAGCACUUGUAAACCUUGUUUUUUCUGUGUGUCUCUUUGUGCAAGAUGUUGGAUGGGCUUGAAAGGAGGGAAAACAACCAGCUAAAACCUGUCUGCUGCUUUGUAUCAAAGGAGUGGAGAUUAGCUCACUUUGAUUCUUUGAUUUCUGGAUUUUGCUGUGUAUUUUUUCCUAAGUAAUAGAGCACUUUCUUGCACAUUAGACUAAGUAUAGCCAGCAUUUACAUUAUUAUUUUUGUGAACAACUAAAUAGACUGUUAUCGUUACUUUUUUGUAUUUUUCUGCUGUGGUUCAGUUUGUAGGCUGGUACUCUUUAAGAACUGUGCAGUGUUAUCACUCUGUGCUCCCACACACAAACCUCUCUCAUCUAGGCCCCUCCAUGACUUGCUGGAGAAAGUUUAUUGAACUGAAUAACAACAUUUUUUCUUUCACAAAUCUCUAUUAAAGGAACAUCUGUUAAGUUAUUGGACAUAGAUUGGAGAAUGGAGUAUGAGCCCAACCAUAUAUAUAUAUAUAUUUACAAUCCAGCAGGAAACUACGCCACAAACCUCAGUGAAGUAAGCAGCAGCUUGUAAGCAAACAAACCAUGGUGGAUCUUUAAGCUUCUGUUCAUUUAAAAGAAAGAGGCUGGUGCUGGGGAACAUCCUGAGGCUUUGGGUCCUUUCUCGUGAUGGGUUUCAUCGCAACAAAGGACUUUGAAAUUGAAUAAAAAUUUUUUUUCAAUAUCAGUUUUUAAAUGAAUGCUGCUCAGUGCUGCAGUUAUGUUUGCAACCUGAUUAAGGCUAGUUGGCUUUUGAUGUGCCUUGCAAGCCUCCACAGGUAAGCUAUAGCAUGUGAAAAAUAAAUCCUUAGUGUGCACACCUUAGACCAUAUGUUGCAAGAUUUUGUGUGUGUGUGUGUGUGUGUGUGUGUGUGUGUGUGUGUGUAU